AUGGGAGGAGGAAGAGCUAUGGCGAUGGCAGCGAAGGUGGCUGGAAUCGGAGUCUCGAAAGGAGGAUUCAGGGGAGGAUUCGGGUUUGCGGCGGCGACGCCUUCUCCGGCGAGUGAGCAGUUUAUGGUCAAAAAUACUACCGUGUCUAAGCCGGUUACGGCUUCGAUUUCAUCGGAGAAUGAGAAGUGCUGCAAAACGUCGAUAAAGAUAGCGAUGGUCUUUGACCGAGUUGCUUUGUUGGAUUUUUUCUUUGGCUCUGAGAUCUUCAGUUGCAUCACAACCAAAGAGCUGGGAACAGUUAUGCGUUCUCUAGGGCAGAACCCAACUGAGGCAGAGCUACAAGACAUGAUCAAUGAGGUUGAUGCAGAUGGAUCGCAUCUUCUCCUCUGCCCAGAUGAUCUCAUCUAA